GGAUUUUCUUCAGCUCUGCACAUCCAGAUUACACUCAUUACAAACUGAACUGAAAGAAAAGAAAGAGAAAGAAAAAUGUUUGGAGAUGAUUAUUUGAUGGAUUUCCUCCCAAAUCCCAGAAAAAGGACAAAACUGCACAUCCACACAGUUUAAUCUCACAGCCAAUUACAGAGUGUAUAUUGAAGUUGGAGGCUGUUUUAAAGAGAAUUACAGAAAUAUAAGCUUUCUGCAAAUUACGCAGGGACCGUUAAUUAGGACUUCCACCACAUGUGCGUGCGUAAAGUGGAUGGCUUUGCGCGCACUCACGCAGCACUUCACUGCGGGGAGCAGCUGCUGUCAGACGCGUUAUACGGAGUGGGAGUGAGGGCUAUGGACGAUUUAUCGACUGAUUCGCCUCUCAGACUGGAAGAGUCUCCUCUCAAAGAUCCGACACUGUCGACUUUGUCUCGCUUUUCAGUAAGUCAACCUGAAAAUGAGACGCAAUCGGUGAUAUUUUCGUUCGCUCGCCAAGGAGAGAAGGUUUAACUUCGCAGGGAUUCUUUUGCUUCACUCGGAUAUGGCAAAUAUUUGGAUGCAUUCAGAAUUAUUUCACAGCGUCUGACGCGUCUGCGGCGGGGGAGAGCAGCGGAGGGACUCGGAAACUUGUGUGGUGCAGGAGACGGGAUCUCUUUUUUUCGGAUCAGCUGCCAUAAAAGAGAGAGGAGAACCAUGGUGAACUCCCUCAUACUGGUGCUCAGCUGGGCUGUGAUUUCGGAGGUGGCGAGAGCUCAGAAUGACACGGAGCCGAUCGUGUUGGAGGGGAAAUGCCUCGUGGUGUGCGACUCGAACCCGGCCACGGACUGGAAGGCUUCGUCCUCUCCGCUCGGCAUCUCGGUGCGCGCCGCCAACUCCAAGGUGGCUUUCUCUGCAGUCCGGAGCAACAACCACGAGCCUUCAGAGAUGAGCAACAAGACGAGAAUAAUCUACUUCGACCAGGUGAGGACGGUUUGAUCAACACUGCUCAGGAAAAGUGUCAGAAUUUGCUCCAAAUUGCGCUUUGAAACCGUUUUUUUAUUGCGCAAAAUCUCCAAAUCAAACCUUCCAUUUUGAUUUUCCUGACAAAUUUCAGAUCUUAGACUCAGUUUUAUCUGUGCUGCAGAAUCUCAAAGUGUCACUAAGUGAAGCUGCACCCCAGAGUUUAGUUUGAGGCUAGUUGCAGCUGACAUGCAGCUUCUGUAAAAAGUGCACAUAUCACACGCAGGCGAGGCUGGAAAGUGACUGGAUUAUGUUUUGCGCCCUGCAGAGCCUGCACACGCAUUUACCACACUGCCUCGAGCUACCCCACAACGCUUGCGCACGCGCCCGCACACCCUCAACCUUGCUUGCAUCAGUGCACCCAAACAAACACACAAACACACAAACAAGCAGGGUGUUAUUAGUCAUACAGCAGUGGGCAGUGUUAAGGUGUGUGUAACACAAAAAACCAAGCCUCUGAUCCGCUGCCCUCUCAUUUAAAUUACAUAACCUGAUCUUUUUUCUCGCUGUCAUAACACUCUGCAAAGUGAGCUGAUUGGUGUGGAGCAUGUGCACGCUGUUGCUAUGAAAGCAGCAUCUGUCAAAGGUCCUGUUUGAGCCUGCAGAGGUGUCUCCUAACAGGUGGGACUCCACUGCAGGUGCUGCUGAGAGAGGAGCUCCUGCCACCUUUAUUAAUCAUCCCUCGCAGACUGUCUUUUUUCACAGCGCUGUGAAUAAAUACUGGAUGUCUCACAUGAAUAUAUGGUGCUCCGAACCUUUUAGUGACACUCAUGAGACGACAUUAAGUGCCAUCUUGGCUGACACAUUCAGGGUGGAUCGUUUUAAGAGAGCGAACGAUGGAAAACUGAUGUCUUCUGCAUCACUUUGAUAUAUGUAAGCUUCUUCUACGACAUGUGUGACUCAGAUGGAGGUCGAGAAAGAGUUCAAAUGUCAUGAAUUUGGUUUCCAGUUGAGCCGUAGAGUCAAAUGUUGAGUCCACAGAGGACGAGGUUGAAUGAAAUAUCUCCUGAAGUCUGUCACACUCAGUUUGUGUCUAAGCAGGGCGAGCCAGCUAGCCACAACAGUGAUUCCUCGGUGUAUUACUGAUUUAUUAUUUACAUAUUUCAUCCUUAAGCUCCUUUGCAUGGAAAGUCUCUUUGAUAUGAAACCUCUCUCAUAAUGCGUGUCUUUUUUUCUCUCUCUCUCUCGCAGGUUCUCGUGAAUAUAGGGAAUUACUUCACGUUCGAGUCGGUGUUUUUGUCCCCGAGGAAAGGAGUCUACAGUUUUAACUUCCACGUCAUUAAAGUCUAUCAGAGCCAGACCAUACAGGUACAGUUUGGGUUCAUAAAGCUGUGUGAUUGAGUCUGCUGUGGACUGGUUAAAGCGUUUAGGGACUGUGUGUAAAUAACUGCCCCACAGUACACCUGAAUCUGAAAAACUAAAGUGUAAACAUCAACCUGACUCAGUGUGGAGAACUUAAAGCACCUGUAAGGAACUUUUAGUUUGAGUCCACUUUGGCGCCCCCCUGUGGACAAAGCAGUCAUUGCUUAUUUAUCCUCCUCAGGUUAGCAGGAUUAGUCAAAAGUGAUUAAUUGUGAAUAUUUUAGAUGGAAAAUGUAAAAACAUCCACCUCUAAGCGGCCUUCAAAGUUAUCAGUCUUGUCCCUGAUGGUUUUGUUUUCAUUUGGAUAUCAUAAAAACUGAACACUAUGAAUUUCAAUCUAUUCCAGUAAUGCCUAAAAACUCCCAACAGGACCUUCAAAGAGGCAAGGGAUUCAUUACUUAGAUUAAGAAACAGAAAUAAUCAAAUAUGGGGGAAUUUGGUUGUGAUAGUUGCUCUUUUGAAAAAUAGAAGAAUAUUCACAGAAACUGGGGAUGCAGCAGUUUAGUUUGUCAUCUAAUAACCAACAUGUAUUAAAGGAAACUAGUGUGUUUACAUGUUGCAUAAAGAAAACUCUUGAAUAAAAAGGUCGAGAGGUUCAGGACCCGGUCAUGUUCAGAGUUUUGUUUUAAAUCGGCUCAAAGAUGGCGGUCUUCUCAGGCAUAAACAUACCAGACCCUGAUGUUGUGUUACUAAAGCCACAGAAUGAAGCUUCACAGCUACAGUAUCACCCUCUCUGCAGUUAGUUAGCACUCCCAUAUAUAGAGCACAUAAUGCAUAUGUUCAUUUAUUCAUUUUAGACUGAACUGGAAAAACCUCGACUAAAAACUGAGAACAGUGUUAAACUGUAGGCUUCUGUUUUUGUUUCAUCCCCAAUGGAAAUAGAAAUAAAAUAAAACUAAAGCAAAAAGUUUAGACUAUUUCAGAUUUAUACGAAAUUAGAGAAAUCUGUCAUCCCUCAUUACAUCUCACAUCAGGCUCUUUGCUGUGUUUUGGGGUCAGUGUAAUGAUCAGAGCCUGGGUCUGCUGUGUUGGUGGAGAGAAAGCCAAGCCCCUCUGAGGUGCCCACCUGAUAACCUCAGUGAUUCACUCACUCUCUCUACUCAUCUGCUCCCAUUUGUCUCAGGUUGUUGACGACAUUUGGAGCCUCGACUUCACAGUUAGCACAGCAGGUUCAGUGAGAGACACUGUUGUUCUUUUCAGUGUCUGUAUUUCAUAGUUAUAUUUAACAAAAACUGGCCUGUUCAGAAUCAGAUUCAAGGGUGCAACUUGCAACCUCCAGCGAAGAAAAGUAAAGCCAAUAUGAAAGUCAUAAAAACUGCAGUUCUUCAAGUGUCCACUUGGUGCUGCCUCUAAAAGCCAAACGAUUAAGGGCCAUUCCCAAUUGUCACUCUUAACCCUUCCCCUUUGUCUACCCCACGCUCCUAAGAAACAAGACGCCACCUGAUUCCCGCUACGUCAUCAUGCCUUUCCGCUUGCUAGCUGUGUCGUAGGCUGAUGUGACGAUACCGGUAAACAAGUCAGGAAACAACCUACGUUUAACCGUUGUUAGCUGUUGUUCGCAUUAUCAGUGACAUCAGUGUAGCUAUCAAUAGCUAUCGCUGCGUUAGCUAUUUCGUCCUAACAUGUGAUUUUAAAACACAAACAUUUAAAAACAUAGCUUAUAUUUAUGUGUAGUAGCAAAGGAUUUAAUAUCCAAUAAAAACAUGGGUGUCAUUACUAUGAAAAUCAUUGUUGACAAAUCUAUGGUGGCCUUAAAGGACAAACUUGUUAUAUAAGUAUAAUCCCGUAUUGGUCAAAUCUUCACAGACACAACACGGUUUCUACAUUCAGGUGAUUAAACACUCAUUUAAUACUUCAUUUCUACCAAGUCUGUCCUGCUAAAAACUACAUACUGUACCUUUAAAGCACUAAUUUGGACAAAAGCGUCUGCGAAAUGACAUUGUAAUUUUCACACAAGUAAUUAACAUGUUUAAUGCCUGAUUCCGAAAAUUAAUCCAGUCUUUAAAGCCUGUUUCCCUCUUUGUUCACACUGGAGGAGGUGAAUUCAUUAAGAAAUAUUAAGGGAGAGGGUUAUGCAUAAAUCUGCGAUAAUCAGGGGCACGGCUGAGUCGAAGGGCAGGCUGGUGAGUUGUUGCUGUUUGGCAGGAAGCUACUCCGGUCAUGUUUUAUGCAACCUUUAGAGUGUGUGACUCUUACAGUCUGAUGGCCAUGGGCAGGAAUGACCUCCUGUGGAGUUUCUUGGUGUAUUUUGGUGGAAUGAAUGUGCUACUGAGUUAAAGCAGCACGUCACACAGUGGGUGGGGGACACUGUCCGAGAUGACAUGAAACUUAAACAGCUGAGCCUGCUCUCCAGAGCUGCCAGGGGCGCCGCAUGGUUGAGGAAAGUUAAGACGGUGACGGCCGGUGACUGACAGGGGUGCUAAACAAUACUAGAGCAUUAGUGUUGGUGCUCUGUGUGAUAAUUCUACAUCAGGCCGAAGAAACACAUGACUGUCCUACCUUAAAAAAACAGUUAACCCAGGGGUGCGCCUAGAAGGGUUACCAGGGAUGGCAUUGCCCUUCUUGAAAUCUGAUUGGCCACCCCAAAAUGAUCAGAGACAGGAUUCACCGUAAAUUAUCUAGAGUGUACAUUAACUUUUCUUUGAAAGACCAGUUUGUUCUUCAUUUCUCACCCUGACGUGUCAUUACAAACUUCCUGCGGUCUUCCUCAGAUGAGUGACAAGAUGUUGUGGUGUUGUAGGUGAGCUGAUUUGUGAAGAUUUGGUCUUAUGUUGACAUAAAAAAUACAGACAUAGUCAGACCAAAUGAACCUUUUUGGACUACUAGGACUGUUGCGACCAGCUGGUAGUUGCGGGAAUAGUUUGCUUAAAAUCUGAUUUACGCAAGGAUCUUAUUUUAAAGGGAUAUUCCGGUGUAAAAUUGAUUUAGGGUCAAACACAUACAUAUAGGGUCCCAGCCAUAGUUCUAGCCACCAAACAUCUCUCUAACUUUGCCUAAUUUCUUUAACAAAGAGACUAAACACAACUCACCUACUCUCCUCCAGCAGCUGCUUGUUUGUAGAGAGACCUUAGGCCAGUGCAUUACAGACUACAACCGAGUUUCGCAGCUCAAGGAAGAACAUUUAUGAUUAUUUCUUCAUGGAAAUACUAUCAGACUGAGACGCUAAGGCAGAAGAACUACCGCGUCUGCAGUGCAAAAUGAUUAAUAUGGUGAUUAUUACUUCAAGGAAAUGAUAAAGAAAUGAUCAUAAAUGUUCUUCCUUGAGCUGCGUCACUCCGCUGUAGUCCGUAAUGGACCAUCCCGAGGUCUCGCUACAAACAAGUGGCUGCUGGAAGAGAGUAGGUGAGUUGUGUUUAGUCCCUUUGCUAAAGAAAUGAGUCAAAGUUAAAAAGAUGUUUGGUGGCUAGUACUGUGGCUGUGACCCUAUAUGUCCUGUUGAUGAAGUUAGGUGCUGUUCUGAGCAUUAUUUGUGGCUAUAGAGUGGCGUUUUGGUUGAGGUUUGUUUAUGGCUCCUCAGACCGCUGAGUAUUGCUAUCCUGCGGUCAUUACAAAAGUUGGUAUAACUAGAGAAGCAAGCGGUGGGCAACAUUCAUCUCUUGAUGGGGUGUCUAACUCUGUGUUACGGUGGGUUUGACCCUCAAUUAAUUUUACGCCAGAAUAUCCCUUUAAGCUUAAUAUUUGUAGUUUUAACAUUUUAUCUAUUGGUGCUGUAUUUUUUUACUAGAUAAGAAAAUAUUCUGUGCAUAAAAUCCUAUAAAAUGAUUCUUGAGAUUAAAAAAAGGUGUUUUGAAGCAAGAAAGUAAAGAUAAUGGCAUUUGUGUCUGCUGUGAGGGAGUUUAGAAAGUGAGGAGCAGAAUAGCUGAAGGUCUCAGACCCCAUGGUGGUCAAAAGGUUGGGUGGUGCAGUAGGAGAAAGAAAGUAGGAGCCCUGAGAGUGCAGGUAAGAGCUCAGAGAGGUACAGAGGGGUAAGGUUAUAACGGUCUUAAAGGUGAGGAGUCUUGAAGUCAUUGCCAAUGAAGCUGCAUAAGGACAGUGGGUAUGUGAUUAAUGGGGGGCAAGUCUGGUUAUGAUACGAGCUGGAGGGUGCAGGACCGGUUCAAGUUUGUGGAUGUGUUGUCAUGAGGCAUAGACCUGGAUGAGACUCUGACUGAACACAAAUAUCACAGCCUAUUGCUGCUCUGAAAUCUGUUAUUUUGAAAUGUUUGGGACGAUUUUACAUGAAAACUAUUAUAUAAUGGCUAUCUGACAAGCGCCCUCUUUCCUGGUUACCCGGGUGACCAGAGCUGGUCAACCAGUUCAUGAUUUGCUUUUUGAGAAGCAACAUUCAUACCUGGUCCAACAUUUCCACACAGGUUAGCAGUCUGAGAAGCCAAUAAUUCACCAGAGAAACUGCACUGAGAGUCGCUAACAGAUGCAAAGUUUCUUCACAAGAUUUGAACUCCUGCUCCACAAAAGCUUAUGUAGCAUGGGAGCUAACAGGCCAACAAGCUAACAAGCUAACAGGCCAACAAGCUAACCUGCUAACAGGGUAACAGGCUAACUUACGUAUCACCACAGAGUUUCUUUGCCACAUGCACUUACUCUCAUGCAAUAAAAACCAUCAAUAAACUGAAAGUUUUAACAUUUUAACUUUUAUGUCUGGAAAGGAAAUUGGUAACUUUUCUGAACCUUAAAACCUGGGACCCCCGAUGCCUUCUUGAGUUACUAUUUAAAGUAAAAGAAAUAUAUUUACAGGACUCUAAAAUCUUCAGUUCAAGUCAUCAAAGUAGUGGAGGAAGAAAAGUGUCUCAUAUGACAAAAGUUAGGACCCAAAAUGUCGACUCCAAAAAGACAAAUAAAAUGAACCUACUUGAACAAAAUCCAGAGGAAGUCCAACAUGAGAAACACCAGAAACCACACGAGGAGAAGACUUUGUAGACACAAUUCAUGGAUAAAGACUGAAGGGGGGCUUAGAGACUCACAGGGUCAUGAAACACAAGUGUGACACCAGAUACAGGUAAAGCUAAUCAGGGCGGGGCGCACAAUCACAGGAGAGGGAAACACAGGAAGUAGAGCUAGACUAAAUGAGCUGGAGAGAAAUUCCUACAAAAUAAAACAGGAAACUCAGCGCUUAACAAGUUCAGAUGGACCAGGGAAAAAAGUUAUUAAAUUACACAAGACAGGGUGUUUUUUAUCACAUGGUGCCACCCCUGCAAAAAUCGGUCCCCCAGAUUUGGAUACGCCCCUGCAUAUAACCUUCCUCUACUGUAUAUAAAGCUACAAUGCUUUUAGUCCAAAAAGGACAUGAUAUACAUGAUUUGUGCUCCUCUGAUUAUUUAUUUACAGUCCCUACAAACUUGUUGACAUAUUGGUUAAACAGAAAAAAAAGUUUCUGGAGUUUGUUGACUGUUUCAUUACUGCUUUGAUUCAUCUCAAGGUUUUUGUGUGAUUGACUUUAUGUUCUUUUAUUACUGUAUUUAUUAUUGUAUUCACUUCUAAGACUUCUUGUCGUCUUGAGUUUAUAUUUUUAAGAGUUAAUUGUAAAUGUAUGACUUUAAUGUUGUUAAGUUAAUUCUUGUAAAUUACAACUUGAAUCUCAUUAAUUCAUUGGAGUUCAGGCUAAGAUGCACAGAAAAAAAGUGUAAAUUAUGUUAAAUGUAAUGUCUGACCUUGUGCGUCUCUAACUGUGUUGUCUGUGUUUUUUCAGGUGAACUUGAUGCUGAAUGGGAAACCCGUCAUCUCUGCCUUCGCCGGCGAUAAAGACGUAACUCGUGAGGCGGCCACCAAUGGAGUUUUGCUUUAUCUAGAAAAAGAGGACAAAGUUUACCUGAAGCUGGAGAAGGGAAACCUGGUUGGUGGAUGGCAGUACUCAACAUUUUCUGGCUUUCUUGUGUUCCCACUGUAAAAAAAACGAAAAAGAAAAAAAAAAAAGAAAAGAAGAUUGUAAGCUUACUGACUUCUUCAUAAUGUGUUGUCACUGUAUAAUCCAAACAUUGCUGCUGCGUCCGGUGGAUCUCGCCGAGUGCUUGAGAAUUUAAAGAUGAAAAAAACGGAUCUGAACCGAGAGAGAGGAAAUAAGACAUUUCUGGAAGCGCCGAGUCCCCGUCCAGAUGAAAGAGACUUGAAAUGUUCCCUAUCGCUACUGUACGUUCCUGUCACUCAAAGAGCCUCUGAGAGGAACACAAACACAUCCCAAAAGUACCUUUCAAACUCCGAGCGGUUGGAAUAAGUUAUAACUUUUUCAUGAUGGCUGUUGCAUUCAAGUACAUCUGCUUUUUGGGUGUAAACUAUAAAUGCUUGUAUAACUUGUGUGACUUGUCAUCAAUGAAGUAUUUUCAACGCUAAAUAAAAGGGAGAUGUCUUUUCUGGAGCCGACUGUCCUGUGCUAAGGUUAAAGGGGUAAAAGUGGUGUAAGAAAAACAAUGUUUACAGAUGGAAUUAAGUUUUAAAAGGAGAUUAACUCGUCAAAUGAAAUUAAAAAGUGUUUAAUGAGCAGAAACACAAACAGAUUACUGAAUAAAUCCCCCAGAUUCUCUGACUCCUUCCACCCUCCAGUGUUAUCAGGAGUGUCAGGUCAACUACGUAGAGUCUAAAAACAACUUUAAUGACUUUACAGACACGCAAAAUAUGAUGAAGCAUGAAGAAAAAGAAGUUUGACAUGACUUUCCACUUUUAAAACAAGACAAAAGUCACUUAAAAAAACAUAAGAACUUUAAAGAAAUUCUAAAAUGAUCCAAAUUCAACUCAAACUAACUAGAAAAAAACAAGAAGUUAAGAAACGAAACAACAAAUUAAAGGUGCAAACUCGGAUAGAGCAUCAGGGUCACUGAUGAAGACUGGAGAAGAAAAGAUGGUGGAAUUGGAGGAUAAAGUCAAACAUUUAGAAGAUUAAAUAAUGACCAUGACAUCUGUUUUCUAAUAUUAGAAUUAAUUUUGAAGGAUUACAUGUUUAUUCCUGUAAACAAUCGAUGAUAGUCGAGGUAAUUUUUCAGUUUAUUCUUGUUCAUUUUCCAGUUUAAGAGUAAAAAUUCACAAUAACUCCUUCUUAUCACACGCAAAGAAAAAUGAGACCAAAAUCGACAAAUUUCAUUCAGUACUCUUAGAUACUCUUAGAUUGUCCACAGGGGGGCGCCAAAGAUGGCUGGAGCAAAAGUUCCUCAGAGGAGCUUUAAUUUGAAAAUUAACUGAAUUGAUUCUUUUACUUUUUAUGGCCUUGAAAAUAUAAGUUUAUAUUUUUUAAGAGAUAAUCUUCUGAUUUUGUUUUUGUUAAGAAAAGGUUUUUUAAUUGUUCAUAAGUUUAUGCUUUGUACUUUAAGCUACCAUAAGGGUUUUUUUGUUUAUAAAAAUUGGCAGAAAUUCACAUCAAGUCCUUUUCAUAAUAUUAAAAUAUAAACAAGAAUAUCAGGGACAAGACAGAAAAUUAGUAUUUAGUCAUUUUUUAUCCCUGAAACCAGGAAGAGGGUGUCGGUGUCAGGUGUGCAGCUAAAGAAAAGCCCAGGUUUUAAAAUUUCCGCCUAACAUAUUUAACAUGAAUGAUAUAUUUGACUCUUAAAGGUCAGUAGGGGGAUAAUUUAUGCCAAAUGACAUUGUUUUAGCUUGAAGAGGACAAGGUCAGCAAAGACUGCUUACCCCACAGGGGGCGCCACAAACAGAAAGUUCCUCACAGGAGCUUUAACUCGUCAAUUCAUGAGUUUAUUCUGGUGCUAAUUUGUUGCUUUUUCUUGUUAAGUUCUGACUUUUAUCUUGUAUCUUGUUUGCCUUUUUCCUCUCUUAGCUUUAUUCGUCCGAUAUUAUGACUUUAUUUUUUCAAUGUCUCAAGCUUUAUUCUCCAAAUCUUAUCCGUUUUUAAUCCUCAAUCAUGUCAAACCUACAAAUAAACCACCACUAAGAGUCUCAAGCAGAUUCAGCAAAAGGGCCAUUCAGAAAACGAGGUCAGUUUUAGUAAGACGUUUCCUUUCAUGAGUUAUAGAGGUCCUUACAGUCACAACUGCCUUUGAGAAAAACUUCAUUUUUAUUUCUCACGUUCAUUCAGUCAAAUAUGUUUUAAGGGGAGAUGUAAUCCUUGCCUGAAUUAUGUCAUUUGUACAUUAAAAUGGUAUUUUCAUGAUGAAAUAACUAAAAAAUAAUCAUAAUUCAGGCAGAGUUGCGUCUCUCCUAAGAUGUAUUUGUUGUAGAAAAUGAAUGUAAAUUGAAGCUGUGUAAUUGCAGACCCCGCUGAAGUGGACUUGUUAAGUUUAAGGACCUUAAUUAAGUUUAAUGAGCAUCUGAAAACGAGUUGUUUAACAUACUGCCAAUAGACGGAUCGCAGUGACAGCGUGCGAGCAUAAACAGCGUCCUCUGGGCAGGCUGGGAAAACUGAUGAAUGAAUCAAGUCUUUAACUCCUGCUCAGUUCUUCACGUCUGUACAGCCGAGAUCCUGUCAGCCUCUCUCUGCAGCGUGUGAGCUGCUGUUCCUGCUGCAGUGCAGAGCUGCAUUGUUAAAAAUCAACUUAAAAGCUCCUGGAGGCUCUUCUCCAGUGUUUAUCUGAAUCAUUAUUUCACCCCGGGGUGAUAAAUCUGCUCACACAUCAGGUUCAUCGUCUCCGAAGCAUUUCUGAAGCUCACUCUCUCUGAUCAGGCCGAGCUGUUUGCGGACAUGCUUUAGUCAGUGAUUAAAACGUCGUCCUUGGCAUUUUGGACAAAAUAAAUUUCACUUCCAGAGAAAUAUGUGAUGGUUUUUUCUUUUUCCCUCCAUGUGAAUAAAGAGGUAAAAGCAGAAAAUAAAGCAGCUUAAAAAUGCUCCUGAAGAUCUCCAACUAAAAACUUCAAACACCAGCUGGAAAUGAACUUAGUGUUGCAGACAGAGUCACUUACAGACUUAGAGUGAAUCACCACGCUCUUAUUUAUGACACUGCAUAUUUAUUUUGUUAAACAGUUAUAUUUUGGACUUUGUUUGUAUGUGCGCACAUUGUUUUAUUGAGAAUGACUACAGAAGCUGGACGGUGCCACUGAAAUGAUAAAGCUUUGUUAGUUUAUUAUAAUAUACCUUCAUUUUUCAUUGAAAUGAUGCAGAUGUAACUCUUCGGUUUUAAAGGUUUGGUAUUCUGUAAUGCUCAGACGCAUAUAUUUACCUCUAACUGGCGGAGAAUAAGCAGCAUAUUGGCUUUUUAUUAGCAUUUAUUAACACUGGUAUGUGGACAUGAACCUGCAACUUAUGGGUCUGAACUUUAAGGGUUAAAAAUCUGUAGUUAAAGAAUACGAUCACACUGUUUACUGCGUUAAUAAAUGCAUUUAUAUAAAGUCUGAAACGGCCAGCUGGAGGUAAAUAUGUGCACCUGACUAUAAAGAGUGUAAAUGAGGGUUUCAGUGUGAUAAUUCAAUGUUCCAACUGAUCAUAUAUGGAAUAAAUGAGAAAUAAAAAUAAUGAUUUUAUAAAAUGUACAUUUAA